GAGGAGGAGGAGGAGGAGGAGGAGGGUGAAGAGGAAGAAGAAGAGGACGAUGAAGCACAUGCUGAGCUCCUUGAGGUUACCGCGGAUUGCUUUAUAGCAGCAAAGGCAUGGGCGGAGCGAGAGUUUGGCCCAGGGAAUGCAAACAUUGAACAAAUCCUUGGUUUGCUUCGAUUCUUACCGGGUUAUGAAGAAGCGGUAAGGGCAAGACAGGAAGCUGUAAAGGCAGAAUGAUGCCUUGAGUUCUUGUGAGAUAUUUGGUUCUAAUUAUAGCAAGUUCGUGUUGCUGAUGGCAGUUCCAACCGUAUCCAUUGGAUCUGUGGACCGAAUGGAUGCUAGAGAAGUGAAGCAACAGAUUAGCUCCGUGAGAUUUCAAAGUUCCAUGAAUUAUGUCGCUUUAACUCAUUGUUUUUUAGAAUUAUAUGAACUUGGUAGCAACUGGGUAGCUGCUCUGGUGUGUUCCAAAAUUUGUCUGAUGAUGGUCAUUACCUGUUAGGUUUAGUUCUGGUGCCUCUGUCAAAAUUCUGCCAGGCCUUGUCUGCGUUAUCAGUGUGUUCUCUUCUCUGCCUUGGAUAUUGCUUUUCAUUGAAGAAACGACGAGUCAGCAAAUGAUACAUAUGAGUGAAGGAGCUAGUACAAAUCGUUUCUUUCAUUUUGCAGCAAAAGGCGACGACGACGGCGAGCACUACACAAGUUGCCUGGAGAUAGUGCGCUACGCGAUGGCGGCGGCGGUCACCUUGCUCGCCAUCGCUGUGAUCGCGCUGGUGAUCCACGCCGUGCUCCGCUCCGAAGACGUCCGCCUCUCCGUCAACAACGGCUUCAUCGGCGCCGACAACCUGUGGGAGCGGACGGCAGUGCCAAACGUGGGGUCAGGGAAUGAGAAUCAGCCAAUCUCCAUUAGCAAGGCAGUAGAACCGGCGAUAGGAUCAUCAGCCGAUCUAGGCGGCGGACUUCCCAAGGAAUGCCUCCUUGGCUGUCCUGGAGAAGGUCACCAACGGCCUGCUCAGGUGACGCUGAAGAAGGCGAAGGCGACGAGCCUCCGUGUGAUCCUGAUCGCCAAGAACCCCGGCGGCCGCACCAGGAUCGUCUGCGACAACAUCACCGUGAGCCUCUUCGACGUGCAGGCCCCGUACGGGCUGAUCGGCAGGCUGGAGCUGGACAACUUCACCGUGCAGCCGCAGACGACGAUCACGCUGCAGAAGCGGUUCAAGGACGCGAACGCCGGCUACAUCUGGGACAACUACCCCGGGGCGUACAGGUUCAGCGUCAUGGUGCAGGUGAACGCGAGCGUCACCUCCUUUCCGCUGAACAAGACGCAGAGGACGGUGCUGCAGAGCUACAAGUGCCAGCCGGUCACCGUCGGCCUCAUGGACGAGGAAUUGAUCUACGCCACCGACCAAGUCGAUUGCAGGCCAUGAUCUACGUGUCUUGGUCAUAUGUAUCGAUCCAUUGUGAUGCCGGCGUGCACGAUCGACGGUGUACUUUGUACCAGCUUUAAUUUCUUCCCUAUUCCUUUUACUUCAACUACCUAUGUACUGUGUCAAAUUGUGAUUUUUGUAUCCUGUGUAUUGUUUCAGCAACGUCGUCGUGUAUGUGUUGGAGAAACAGACUUAUAUAUAUAUAUAUAUAUAUAUAUGCAUGUAACAACCAGUUGUU